CAACCUGCACUCCUCCCACCCGGGCCCCUGUCGCUGUCGUGUUUCCAUUCCCGUCGUCUCUCAUUCCUUCGUUUGCGUCCCCCGUCCCAUUCCUUUAUUCGCUCUCUCUUCACCUCCUCACCUCAACCACCUCCUCCUAUCCCCUCCGUCGCCCGCCGCCCCCCCCGCGAACCUCUUCCUCCAUCCCGCCGCUCACGACAAUCUUGCUCGGGAGGCGAACGGAGUGACUCUUUCGCUCGCCGAGUCUCCCCGUUCAUGUCCGCACGGCCCUGGAACCCCUUUUGGAGGUUCUCGCGACAAAUGCCCCGUUGACGACUGAUCGCUGUCCUCGACGAGCCGCGCGGCGCAAGGUUACCGACUGACGCCUCUUGACGGACUGGCACCGACGACAACGACGACGACGACGACGAGUCCUUUUCUACAACUCUAUUGACGAAUAUUCGUCAAGUCGCUCAUUUUCCCGCUCUUCUCUUCGUUACCGAACAUACAUUAUCGUCCCGGUACGCAAAAUACAUACAACGCUCGUUGACAUAUACGUCAAGUACAUUCGCUAUAUUUGUUCCUGACAGUGAGACCGGUCCAGCCCCUUGCAGCAAUCGCAGCAUUACUUACCGCGUAAGCAGCAUACUACGGCAUCUGGCACUGCCGUCACCAUCAUUUGCACUACUUAUAUCCAACAAACAUCGCCUCCGCUUGCCAUCGACGCUUGACAAGAUGCGCACGACCUCAAUGUAUGCGGCUGCGGCCUUGGCCUUUGCCGCGUCGGCAAAUGCUGUCGCCCAGCAGGCCGACCGUCCUCGCAUCUACUACCCUCGCCAGAUCAGGCGAGAGUUUGUCAACUCGACGGUUACCGAGACGAGCCCCAUAUCCACGCCGAGCGCUCUUCCUAAGACGACGGCGGGCGAGUCAUCCUCGAGAAGGGACCUCGUUAGCGACAUCAUCUCGGACAUUCUAGACAAGGAUAAAUCCUCGUCUAAGUCCUCCUCGUCGUCUUCUGACAACAGCAACGUGAAGACGGUCGUAAUCGAGAGCACCGUCGUUGUCCCUCCGCCUCCGGUGGGAACUGGCGGAACCUCUAGUCCCACCAUUCUGCCUACGGAGAGGACCACGCCGACGACGAAGACGAAGCCCACUGGAACGACGGACACGAUAGGCGCGACGGAGACGACGGAGACGGCGGAUCCGAAGAAGACGGGGACGACGACGGAGACGGUGGAUCCGAAGAAGCCGGAGAAACCGACGGAGACGACGAUGACCUCGAAGACUCCGGCGACCAAGUCGCAGACAGGGUCGUCCACCGAAUCCUCCGACACCGAUACGGCCAUCGUCAUCGCCCCCACAGGCGUCAUUUCCAGCACCAAGGCCACGACCUCGAGUACCUUUCAGACCUCGAGUACCUUUGAGAAGACCGCCGUCGAGACGACGCCUCUCGCCAACAGCACCUUGACUGCUUCUUCGGAGCCCGCGAAAACGACCUCGACCGAUGGCGGCAUCCUCAAACCAAUCGAGACCCUUGUUAGCUCGGUACUGAACCCGAGCCCCGUCAAUUCGACCGUCGUGCCCACGGAGACGUCCAAGGCAGUUCCCUCGGCCACUGAAACGUCGACGACGCAGACACCGAUCAUUGUCGUCCCGCCCGUGACUUCGAUCAUUGGCACCGGUCCGACAACCACUUCAUCCCCGAGCGGCAGCGUGACCGAACCCAUUGGCAACAAUACGUCAACCAACAUCCCCUCCAUUACCAGCGUUCCAACAUCCGUCACGAAUAGCUUGCCUACCUUGAGUUCGACGGCCACGGGUGACAUCCCCGUUGGCAACUCGACCACGGGCACCGCCACCCCCACGGCGACUGGUACGGCGCCUGGUACCAUCACCACUGGUACCACCACUACCGGGACUGGCACGAGCCUGCCAACAGGUAUCCCCGUCACGAAUGGUACGAGCACUGAUGUUCCAACGUCGGCCCCCACCGACACCAAGACUGCUUCAGUGCCGGCGACUACGACUGCCAUCAACAACUCGACUGUGGCCAUCUCGACAUCUGUGCCGCCUUCUACUGUUGUGACCCCGACAAACAUCCCGACGACCACUGAACUCCCAUCGACGACGGUGCAGGGCGUCACCAGCAUCCGCCCUACGGCAACGCUCACCAACACGGAUAACUGGCUCCCGACGUCGAUUGUUGCCGAGCCCACGACCGCAACCUUGUCCACGCCGACCCAGACGCCGACUGGGCCCAGCUCCACGGGUCUUCCCACGGGCAUCCCUGCUGUCAUUUCUCCCAAAGACGGCAAAAAGGAUGUGCCUGCAGGCACAAAAGAGAUCCAGAUUGGGUUCCUUCAUGCCCUCAACUAUGAAUUCGUUGCCAGCAACACUCUAGCCGCGGCCCAAAUCUUCGCCUACCUCCCCAAGGCCUUGGCUGGAGCUGGUGGCUUUGCUGUUGAUAGGGUUCAGGUGUCCAGGCUUGUCCCAUUGGACACGAGGAGGCAGCAAAACUACAUCACCACCAUUGCCAAGAUCAAUUACCCGGAGACCCUGGUCAGUGCACUGCAAGGGGAUAUCAUCAACCCCAACUCGGCGCUGUACCAUACUGGGGACGAUACCGUCCGUAACCUCACGGCUCUCAUCGACAGCCGGAUUGACAUCUAUGGCAACUUCCAUGGCGAUGAUGGCGGCCCAGUGCCCACUGGAGACCCCGGCAGUGGCAAGAAGAACGAGAACAAUGCCUUCGACAACAACGACAGCGGCGGCCAGUCGCCCAAGCAGAUGGGCACGACGGUUGGCAUCACAAUGGGCGCUCUUGCGUGCAGCGUCAUGUAUGGUGCUGCCAUGUUCAUUGUUGCGCGUCGCUACAAGCGCAAGCGUCAGGGCCACCGCCGCACCAGCUCUGUCACCAACAGCCAAGACUCGUCCGAGAUGCGGUACACGGGCGCCGGCAGCCCCGCGCUUAUGGGCGGCGCUCUGCUCAGCAGAGACAUGUCCAACUAUGGAGGCGCCGCCGGUGGCCGCGACAGCCACGGCAGCGGGCGCAGCGGCGCUGGUAACUCGGGCCGGACAGCCAACAUCUCAGCCCCUGUGGCCGCUGAGAACUCUCUGGGCUGGAACUGAUGAUGCGGAGCGGCAGCCCAUGCCUCAUUUUCUUUUUUUAAACAUCUAACACAUCUGAGCCAUUUUGUCUUAUAUUUCUUGACGACUUUCGAUACCCUUCGGAGGAACCGUUUCACGAUGGACUCGACGGGCGAGCGGCCGGGCGUGCCCAAUUUUGGACAAAAGGGACGCCCCGACUUGGCGCAUUGGAUACCAACCAGUCCCGGACUGUGCGUCGGGCACGCCUCUUUGCCCCUCGGGUCUUGUCGCAAUACGCACCGUGCGCCAAACGACAGCGCCCUUGUACCCAUGCCGGGCACCACGUCCAGGGAUGCGGGCCGCGACAAUCGUGAAUUCUGCUUCUGGCCCUCAUCCCGGUGACCCGAGCCUUUGUUUCUAUUAAUGUUUUGGUUUGGAAGAUGAAGCGACUUGGAGUUUGGGCCCGCGCGCCGAUUCAAGGCGUGUCAACCACAUGUUGAAUCGGUUGUGGUGGCCAAACUAGGACGGUGGAAGGGGCCAGUCGGAGGAGGACAAACAAAGUCAGGCGGCGUGUAGGCGCGCGGUGCGCCUGGGCGGAACGAUGCAGGCCGUGGGUGUCAUGCAGCCUGCGUACGAGUUUAUUUGUACGGGCGGUUGCCUUGCCUACCUUAGCUCAGCUAUCAUGUCCUCAUAGACUACAAUCAAUGGACGCCGCGAGAUGCAAAGCCCGCGCCCUCCUGCUACGAAGAG